AUGUCUGACGGGAAGAAAGUAGCCCUGGUCUUUGGUGCCAGUGGGAUCUCCGGAUGGGCCGUGGCCAAAAAUCUACUAUCCUAUCCCACUGCUACCACCUUUGAUCGGGUUAUCGGUUUAACAUAUCGUCCACGGACAAUUGCUGAGAGCGGCCUACCUCAAGGCCCUCGACUAGAGCUGUACUCUGGAGUUGAUCUCCGGACCGACCUCGACAAUGUGAAGAAGCAGAUGCAGGAACGUAUUCCAGGUCUAGAUCAAGUCACACAUAUGUACUAUCUUGCAUACUCCAAUGCUACCGCGUACACCGAAAAUGUGAUGGACAUCAAGAAUAUCAAUAAAGACAUGGCGUAUAAUGCCGUCCACGCAACCGAUUCGCUCUGCUCGCGGCUCCAAUUCUUAGUUCUUCAGACUGGAACCAAUAACUACGGCGUUGCAGUGUUCCAGUACAUGGACAAGAUUGAGAUCAGUCCUCCUCUGAAAGAAGAUAAUUCCCGAAUCCUAUCGCCAUAUGGAGAUGAAAUCUUUUACUGCGAUCAAGUUGAUUUGAUCAGGGAGGCUGCCAAGGGCAAAUCAUGGAAGUGGUGUGAGGUUCGUCCUGACCAGAUCAUAGGAUUCGUCCCGAAUGUGAGUGGCAUGACCUUCGUCGAGCCACUAGCUCUCUACCUUGCUCUCUACCGAUUUGUCAACGGUCCAGGCGCAAGCAUCAUCUUCCCCGGCACAAAAACCAACUUCACCUACACAUUCACAGACUCAUCCCAAGAUCUGAUUUUCAAAGUCUGA